GCCUGUUUUAUUAUAACCAAUGUUUGAACGUGAAACUCUGAUACUUAUUCUCCUGCUGGUUUCGCACUCGCAUACAGGAGUUUUUUUUUUCUUUGUUUGGGGUUACAAAGAGGCGUUCCUAAUUGGUGAUAAGAAGUUUGCAUCAGAUACUGUAAAACUUCCUGUGUUAUUUUCUCGCCUUUUUCUAUUGGACGCAGGUAGUCAUAUAGCCGAGGGAGCGCUGAUGCAAAUGUUUGCAGCUCAGUUCUGAUCUUUGCCUCUCACGCUGUGUGUUGACAGUGCGGGUGGAGAGGGACCAAGGCGCCGAGAAACACUGAGCUCUUCCACAAGUUGCACUUUCUGCGAAACUUUUGCGACUCGUUAGCAACUCAUGAAUUCCCCGCGUGGGCCGCUGUAGAGCUUCCAAGCAAAGACAGUCCAGACGGGAGAGCGCAAUGUCUGAAAUGUCAAGUUUUCUGCAUGUUGGGGAUAUUGUCUCCCUGUACGCGGAAGGCUCGGUGAAUGGCUUCAUUAGCACCUUGGGAUUGGUGGAUGACAGAUGUGUGGUUGAGCCAGGGGCUGGAGAUCUGGAAAAUCCUCCCAAAAAAUUUAGAGAUUGCCUGUUCAAAGUAUGUCCUAUGAACCGCUACUCAGCACAAAAACAAUACUGGAAAGCAAAACAAGCAAAGCAGGACAAAGAUAAAAUUGCAGACAUUGCAUUGUUACAGAAGCUUCAGCAUGCAGCUGAGCUGGAACAGAAGCAGAAUGAAACGGAAAACAAAAAAGUACAUGGAGAGGUGAUAAAGUAUGGCAGUGUAGUGCAGCUGCUGCACAUGAAAAGCAACAAAUACUUGACUGUGAAUAAAAGGUUACCAGCACUUCUGGAGAAGAAUGCCAUGAGAGUCACCCUGGACGCGACAGGAAAUGAAGGCUCCUGGUUAUUUAUUCAGCCAUUUUGGAAGCUAAGGAGUAAUGGAGACAAUGUGGUGGUUGGAGACAAAGUCAUCCUAAAUCCAGUCAAUGCUGGACAGCCGUUACACGCUAGCAAUUAUGAGCUGCUUGACAACGCAGGCUGUAAGGAGGUAAACUCUGUGAACUGCAACACAAGCUGGAAGAUAAACCUUUUCAUGAAGUACAAUGAUGAUAUGGAAGAUGUUUUGAAAGGGGGUGAUGUGGUAAGGCUGUUCCAUGCAGAGCAGGAGAAAUUUCUGACGUGUGAUGAAUAUAAAUCGAAGCUGCAUGUAUUUCUACGCACAACACUGCGACAGUCUGCCACCUCUGCAACAAGCUCCAAUGCACUCUGGGAGGUUGAGGUUGUUCAUCAUGAUCCUUGCAGAGGAGGUGCUGGCCAUUGGAACAGCCUCUACAGGUUCAAACAUUUAGCUACAGGCCAUUAUCUGGCUGCUGAGGAAAACUCAGCCUACAAGGGAGACGCCUCAGAUUCAAAAUCUGUGCAGGGAGAAUCCAGAAGCUUAACUCGGAGCAGCAAAAGAAAAGGAGGGGAUAAUGUCAGAUACAAACUAGUGGCUGUACCCCAUGGUAAUGACAUUGCAUCCCUGUUUGAACAGGAUCCAACUACUCUGCAAAAAACUGAUUCAUUUGUUCCCAGAAAUUCGUUUGUGAGGUUGCGACACCUCUGUACCAAUACGUGGAUUCAGAGCACAAACAUUCCUAUUGAUACCGAUGAAGAGAGGCCAAUAAGACUCAUGCUUGGAACAUGCCCAAGUAAGGAAGACAAAGAAGCCUUUGCCAUUGUGUCUGUUCCAGUUUCAGAGAUUCGGGAUUUGGAUUUUGCAAAUGAUGCCAGUAAAAUCCUAGGGAUAAUUGUUGAAAAGAUGGAGCAAGGAACCUUAAAUCAUAAUGAUCGAAGGUUUGCAAUCAAAUUGUUGGAAGAUCUUGUCUUUUUUGUUGUGGAGGUUGCAGACAAUGGUCAGAAUGUUCUCGACAUUGUCAUGACAAAACCCAACAGGGAAAGACAAAAACUCAUGCGAGAACAAAACAUCCUGAAGCAGAUAUUUGGAAUUUUGAAGGCCCCUUUUCUGGAUAAAGGCGAUGGACCUAUGCUAAGGUUGGAGGAGCUUGCUGAUCAGAAGAAUGCACCAUACCAGUACAUGUUCCGACUCUGUUACAGAUUACUUCGACAUUCACAGGAUGAUUACAGGAAAAACCAGGAACAUAUUGCAAAGCAAUUUGGAGUGAUGCAGUCUCAGAUUGGCUAUGACAUUCUGGCUGAAGACACAAUUACAGCUUUACUCCACAACAACAGAAAACUGCUAGAAAAGCACAUUACGAAAACAGAAGUUGAAACCUUCGUCAAACUAGUGAGGAAGAGCCGAGAACCAAGAUUUUUAGAUUAUUUAUCAGAUCUGUGUGUGUCAAAUCACGUUGCCAUUCCAGUCACCCAGGAACUUAUUUGCAAGUGUGUAUUGGAUCCUCAGAAUGAAGAUAUCCUCAUAAAAACUGAGUUGAGGCCAGUGAAGGAAAUGUCUCAGUCUCCAGAGUAUAUGAGUAUGGAAUACUUUGAAGACGAAGUUUGGUUGAUCUGGACAGACAAAAUGAACGAAGUUCAGGAGAAAAGCAUCAGACAGUUAGCGCAAGAGGCCAGAGCUGGUAAUACACAUGAUGAAAAUGUCCUAACUUAUUACAGGUAUCAGCUGAAGCUCUUUGCAAGGAUUUGUCUAGAUCGUCAAUAUUUGGCAAUUGAUGAAAUUUCCAAGCAGCUGAGUGUGGAGUUGAUAUUUCUCUGCAUGGCAGAUGAAACGUUACCAUUUGAUAUACGGGCCUCAUUCUGCAAUCUGAUGUUGCAUGUCCAUGUAGACCGAGACCCCCAGGAACUGGUAACGCCAGUGAAAUUUGCUCGACUGUGGACAGAAAUACCUACAACAAUUAGUAUCAGAGAUUAUGAUUCCAAUUUGAAUGACUCACGGGAUGACAAGAAAAACAAAUUUGCUAAUACAAUGGAGUUUAUGGAAGAUUAUCUCAAUAAUGUGGUAAAUGAUACUCUUCCGUUUUCUAACGAGGAAAAGAAUAAGCUCACAUACGAGGUGGUCAGCUUAGCCAGACAUCUGAUCUAUUUUGGUUUCUACAGCUUCAGUGAGCUCCUACGACUGACCAGGACACUACUUGGUAUCAUUGAUUGUAAUCAAGAUGUCAACAUUAUAGAUGCCAUGGAUCAUGAUGAGGGGACUGGGAGAAGUAUGAAGAAAUCAAUCCAUGGAGUUGGACAGAUCGUGUCCACUAUGGUUUUAAGCAGAAAACAGUCUUUGUUUAGCUCUGUUCCACGUUCCAAUGUAAACAUUGAACCCCAGAUAAAGCCGAAAGAUAUACCUGACAGUAAGAACAUCACUGUUAUGGAUACAAAGCUAAAAAUCCUGGAGAUUUUGCAGUUCAUCCUUAAUGUCAGGCUAGACUUCAGGAUUUCAUACCUUCUGUCAGUCUUUAAAAAGGAAUUUGUUGACUGCAAUCCUGUACCAGAGAGUACGACUGAAGGCACCAUUGCAGCAUUCAUGGACUCAACAGUUAUGACAGUAAACCUCGACCGUAUUGGUGAGCAAGCAGAAUUGAUGUUUGUGGUUGGCAAACACAGCAGUCCACUAGAGGUGGAUGAUGAAGGGGGCACAAUGUUUCUGCGGGUACUCAUUCACCUUACUAUGCAUGAUUAUCCCCCACUCAUUUCUGGAUCUCUGCAGCUUCUUUUCAAACAUUUCAGCCAAAGACAGGAGCUGCUGGCUACUUUUAAACAGGUCCAGCUUCUUAUAUCACCUCAAGAUGUUGAUAACUACAAAGUGAUCAAAUCUGAUUUGGAUCGCCUUCGUACAAUGGUGGAAAAGUCAGAGCUCUGGGUGGACAAAAGAAGCAACAGAGGAACAGAAGGGAAAAAACCAACAUCAGAGGAGCCUGCUGAUGAUGCAGCUAUGGAGAAGACAUUAGGAGGGAAAACUAGUGGCAAUUAUCAAGAUGUCAAAGAGAUUUUGGAGCGACUGAAUAAAAUGUGUGGAGUUGGAGAACAAGUUAGAAAGAAACAGCAGAGGCUGCUGAAAAAUAUGGGAGCUCACAAAGUGAUGUUGGAUCUGCUGCAGGUACCUUAUGACAAGAAUGAUACAAAAAUGUGUGAGAUUUUGAAGUACACUCACCAGUUCCUUCAGAAAUUCUGUGCAGGAAGCCCUGAGAACCAGUGUCUACUUUACAAGCACUUGAACCUGUUCUUGACUCCUGGGCUAUUGGAAGCUGAAACCAUGCAGCACAUCUUCACAAACAAUUAUCAGCUCUGUUCAGAAAUAAGUGAAACAGUCUUACAGCAUUUCAUACAGUGCUGCGCAACACACGGCCGCCACGUGAAGUAUCUGGAGUUCCUGCAGACCAUAAUAAAAGCUGAGGGAAAAUAUGUCAAAAAAUGUCAAGACAUGGUGAUGACAGAGCUGAGCAGUGCCGGGGAUGAUGUUGCUGUCUUCUACAAUGACAAAGCGUCAUUUCAGACCAUGUUGGAAAUGAUGAACGCUGCAAGAGAUGGUGUAGAGAAAAACAGUCCACUGGCAUAUCAUAUUUCACUGGUAGAACUACUCGCAGGUUGUGCUGAGGGCAAGAAUGUUUAUACAGAAAUCAAAUGUACCUCACUGUUGCCUUUGGAGGAUAUUGUGCGAGUGGUAACUCAUGAAGACUGUAUAACAGAGGUGAAAAUCGCCUAUGUUAAUUUUGUGAAUCACUGCUAUGUGGACACAGAAGUGGAAAUGAAGGAGAUUUAUACCAGUAACCACAUCUGGAAGCUUUUUGAGAACUUCACAGUGGACAUAGCUAGGGUUUGCAGCAAAAGGGAGAAAAGGCUUUCAGAUCCUACUAUGGAGAAAUAUGUAGUGACUGUUGUCAUGGAUACCUUCAAUGCAUUCUUCAAUUCACCAUUCUCUGAAAACAGCACAUCACUGCAGACACACCAGUCUAUUGUUGUGCAGCUUUUGCAGUCCACAUGCCGGCUUCUGGAUUGCUCGUGGCUGCAGCAGCAGCAAAAGUCAUCAGUGGAAACCUGCAUUCGGACAUUAGCUCUAAUGGCAAAAAACCGUUCAUUGCCCCUUCCAUUAGACUUAGAGAGUCUCGUCCGUACCUUGUUAGACAACCAGUCGUUGGCCUCUCAGAGAGCUGCUCCAAACUGGAAGACGAGCACCCGAGCUUUCCCUCGUGCCACAGGCACACAGCAACAGUGGGACUACAAGAAUAUCAUUGAGAAACUGCAGGAUAUCAUAACGACCCUGGAGGAUCGCCUCCAACCGCUGGUGGAAGCUGAGCUCUCUGUUCUUAUUGAUGUCAUUCAUAAACCAGAGCUUUUGUUUAUGGAGGGAACAGAAGCCAGAUUAAGGUGUGAAAGUGGUGGAUUCAUCUCCAAGCUGAUUCAACACACAAAGACUCUCAUGUCAACAGAAGAGAAGCUCUGCAUUAAAGUUCUCCGCAGCCUCCAAGCAAUGUUGGUCAAAAAGAGUAGCUAUGGAGACAGGGGUAACGAAUUGAGAAAAACUCUUCUGAGUACCUACCUCUACAGUAAAAAGUCAAGCUCAAAAGGCGACUCCAGCGAUUUGUACUUUACAGAUCCAGAUAAAUAUCAAGACUGGAACUCAAUUGCUCCAAUCCAGUGUCGCCUGGACAGGGAAGGAGCCACAAAACUGGUUGCAGAUCUCAUCACAAGCUCUAAAAGUGACAAGGUUUUCCAGGAGAGUAUUUUAUUAGCUAUUGCCUUGCUAGAUGGAGGAAACACUGAAAUUCAGAAUUCCUUCUACAGCCUUAUGACUAGCGACAAUAAAUCAGAAAAGUUUUUCAAGGUGCUUAAUCAACGUAUGAAAGUUGCCCAGCAAGAAAUCAAAGCAAAUGUUUCAGUCAACAUGAGCGAUCUGGGAGGCAAAGUGGCAAAUGUGCAUGAGAAAAUGAAUCCUAUCCUUGCAGCUGGUCAUAAAGGAAAAGAUGUCCAUCUUUUGAUGGCAACUACUCACAACAGGUCACAGAUGAACACGUUAGGAGAUGCAGCGCAUGGACAAAAGGAUGCUGAAAUCAGCCCAGCGGUAGCAAUAAUGCAGCCCAUCCUACGCUUACUCCAGCUAUUGUGUGAAAACCAUAAUAAUAACCUCCAGAAUUUCCUCCGUUGUCAACACAACAAGACAAAUUACAACUUAGUCUGUCAGACUCUGCAGUUCUUGGAUAUUAUGUGUGGGAGCACCACUGGAGGCCUGGGGCUGCUGGGGCUGUACAUCAAUGAGCAUAAUGUGCUACUCAUUAUACAGACGCUGGAGACACUAACAGAGUACUGUCAAGGACCAUGCACUGAAAACCAGACUUGCAUCGUAUCUCAUGAGAGCAAUGGCAUUGAUAUUAUCACUGCACUGAUCCUGAAUGAUAUCAGCCCACUCUGCAAGUACAGAAUGGACCUAGUACUACUGCUAAAGGACAAUGCUUCAAAGCUUUUACUUGCUCUCAUGGAGAGCAGACAUGACAGUGAGAAUGCAGAAAGGAUCCUCUUCAAUUUGAGGCCUCAGGAACUGGUUAACGUGAUUAAUAAGGCUUACCAACAAGAAGAAGAAUGUGAGAAUUCAGAAGUUUCUCCAAGAGAUGUUGGACACAACAUUUAUAUUUUAGCCUUGCAGUUGUCCCGCCACAAUAAACAACUGCAGCAGUUACUGAAGCCAGUCAAACGGGUACAAGAGGAGGUGGAUGAAGGCAUUUCAAUGCUUAUGUUGAACAACAUGCAAAUGCUGAAAGCAGGUCAUCAGGAACAACAAGAAGAGGAAGAUCCUUUGACCUACUAUUCAAACCACACAGCACAGAUCGAGAUUAUUCGGAAUGACCGAAACAUGGAGCAGAUUGUAUUCCCCGUGCCAAGCAUUUGUGAAUACCUAACAAAUGAGUCAAAGCACAGAGUGCUCACCACCACAGAGCAGGAUGAACAAGGCAGCAAAGUCAGCGAUUUCUUUGAAAAGACCCAUUUUUUAUACAAUGAGAUGAAGUGGCAAAAGAAACUCAGAAAUAUGCCACUGCUGUACUGGUUCUCCAGGAGGAUGUCACUUUGGGGCAGCAUCUCCUUCAACCUGGCUGUGUUUAUCAAUCUGGUCAUUGCCUUCUUCUAUCCUUAUGCAGAACCUACAUCAAUGGGGGCCCUGGACUCAUCCUUUCUCUCACUUGUUUUUUGGGGUGUAAUAUGUUUCUCUGUAGUUUCUCUGCUUUCCAAGAGAUAUGGCCUAAGACCAUUAUUAAUAGCAUUGAUAAUCCGAUCAAUAUAUUACAUUGGAAUUGGCCACACUUUAUUAACACUAGGAUUGCUUAAUCUCAUCAACAAAAUAGUGUAUCUGGUUAGUUUUGUGGGCAAUGGUGGGAAAUUUAUCAUUGGAUAUAAGGCCAUGAUUAUGGACAUGACAUUCCUUUACCAUAUCGGAUACAUAGUGACAAGUGUACUGGGGCUCUUCGUGCAUGAGUUUUUCUACAGCAUCCUGCUGUUUGAUUUGAUCUAUCGAGAAGAAACCUUGUUUAAUGUCAUAAAAAGUGUUACACGUAAUGGUCGUUCCAUCCUCCUGACAGCUGUGCUUGCCCUUAUCCUUGUUUAUCUUUUCUCAAUCGUGGGCUUCCUUUUCCUGAAGGAUGACUUCAUUCUAGAUGUUGAGAGGUUACCGAGCAGCAAGACAUCAGGUUCGUUUGCAGUACCAGGAAGCGUUGUAAAGGAUUUCAUUAACACAUGUGCUGCUGAUGAUGUUCAUUGUUCUGCAGGCAUCCAAGACAUUGAGUCACCAGAUGAGGAGAAUGACAAAGAGCGAGCCUGUGACACUCUAUUGAUGUGUAUAGUAACAGUAUUAAAUCAUGGCCUACGUAAUGGAGGUGGUGUUGGAGAUAUACUCAGACAACCUUCAAAAGAUGAAGCUCUCUUCCCCGCUCGUGUUAUCUUUGAUCUGCUGUUUUUCUUCAUUGUCAUCAUUAUUGUAUUGAACCUGAUUUUCGGUGUAAUCAUUGACACCUUUGCUGAUUUGAGAAGUGAGAAACAAAAAAAAGAAGAAAUCCUGAAAGCGACCUGCUUUAUCUGUGGCCUUGAGCGUGACAAGUUUGAUAACAAGACUGUAUCAUUUGAAGAGCACAUUAACAAUGAACACAACAUUUGGAAUUAUUUAUACUUCAUUGUAUUGGUUCAUGUCAAAAAAAAGACUGAAUAUACAGGUCCAGAGAGCUAUGUUGCUCAAAUGAUAAAGACUAAAAAUUUGGAUUGGUUUCCACGUAUGCGUGCUAUGUCUCUGGUCAGCAACGAAGGAGAAGGAGAACAAAAUGAACUUCGAAAUCUACAGGACAAAUUGUUCUUGACAAUGAAACUUGUAACAAACCUCACAAACCAACUUACAGAACUAAAAGAACAGAUGACAGAACAAAGGAAACGCAGGCAAAGAAUGGGAUUUGUGGAUGUGCAAAGCAAUAUAUCAAACACAAACCAUCAGAUGGCGAAAGCAUGAAAAUCUCCAGUGCACUACAACUUAAUAUUCACGUCACUGCCUAAUGAUACUGUUGUGUAUUGACAUAAUUUGUUACAACAAAAUACAUCUGAUUCGUAAGUUAGAUUGAAACAAGGUAUUUUCUCUGGGACUGUGGAAGAGAUCUUAAAGCAAAGAAACUACACUUGCAAACUGCAUGAAGAUUAAAACAAUUUGUAAAUUAAAAACGAGUGCAGUUCUUGGGAAGGGAAAUGGGGUUUUAUAUUACAGUUCUGGUGAUGAUGUCACUGUGCAAUAUCUUAAAAAUGUGAUUGUUGCUAUUUUCUAACUGCAGGUUAUAUAUAUAUAUAUAUAUAUUGAAAUUAUGAUGUACAAAGUCAUUCAUUUCUGUGUUUUACGUUUUGGUAAAAUUGGAAAACUUGAAGAAAUCUAUUGAUUACCUGCUUCAGGCAGGGAAACAAUAUCACUUUAUGAAUCUUCCACUUCUAACCUCCUCAGUUGGUUGCAAUAACAGGUUUGAAUCAAAGUUAUUAAACAACAGCACCUACCCACAGCUUUAAUGCUGGAAUAGGAGACUAAGCAGAAUCACUUCAUAACAAUCAGCAUGAACAACUCAUCCCAGAUUUCAACUUACAUUCACUCUCUGCAGUCUCACAAAUAAAUACUUUGACACUGCAGAGCCAGUGUUAACAUUUGCUUUACUUACAAAAAAAAUGUACUGGCUACAACACUACCAUUAAAAUUAAUUCUCAGAAUGUGGAAUCUACAAGAAAUCAAUGUCCAUUUGACAAAUGACAGAUUGUUGGAUUCUAAUAAACUUUUUUUUAGUUUUAACCUUUGUUGUGGUGUAACUUUUUAAUGCCACUCUUGUGCUGAACCCAAUAAAAUAACCAAAAAGUCUCAAAAUA